UCUUGCAUGAGCUCCAGCAGCUGAGGCAUGAGGUACGGGUCGUGUCCGAGAGGCUGGAUGAAAUUGAGCCUCUCGACAGGACCCGUGCAGUGUCUCAGCCUGCCCUGUCGACGGUGCCUCCAGUUCUUCCUCGGCUACCUGCCGACAAUAUUGAAGAAUUGGAGGCAGCAGAGGCAGCCGUGCAGGAUGAGGCUGUGGCUGCCACCUUGCGCAAGCACCUCCUGCAAAUAGGAGGGAAGUCGCUGCGCGAGGUGGCAUCGAAUGCCAUGAAGGCUGUAAUGGCACACCCCGUCCAAGUGCUUUACAGCCUUCAUGGCAGGAAGGGGAAGAGGGCUUUCGUAAAUCUGAAGUUAUGCCGGAUAGUCACAGAUGUCAUCUGUGCAAAAGGGGGGGCCGACCUGACAGAAGCUCAGGGCUUCAUUAAGAGGUGGUUGCCAGGGUCUGUGGACAGGGGUGGUGGCAGGAAGAGGCGUUUUGCAGAAACGUUAGCAGCAGAGCAGCCCGAUGAUCCCUCCCUUCGAGGCAGGGAUCAUUGCCUGCCCACUGCUGCCCUCUCCCUGCCCCACCCUUGGCCUCAGGGCCCUGGCCAGUCCACCGUUGGCCCCUCCUGUCCGGCUGCCCAUGCUCCUUCCCCUGCUGCAGCCCCUGCUCCUGCCGCUCCUCCUGCCCCUGCUCCUGCCGCUCCUCCUGCCCCUGCUCCUACCGCUCCUCCUGCCCCUGCGCCUGCCCCUCCUACUGCCCUUGCUCCUGCUGCUCCCCCUGCCCCUCUAUGCAUCGGUUGA